ACACCGUGGGCGUGGUUUAACGUCAAUGUUUAUGUAGCCCGCUGCCCGUGUAUGUAACCGCACCAAGGACUCUGCAAUGUGAUUUGAUUGACCAUUCGUCUGUUUUCGUACCAUUUCAUCCGCGGUCGUUAGCACAUUAUGCACCAGCCGUCGACAUGGGGGACCACUAGCAGGUGAAACACGGAGGAAACACAGGAAAACGCCGGAAUGGCAGGCGCCUUUGGCUUCAAAGGCUGCCAGAAGAUUCGAGGUCCGCAGAUUCGGAAACUGCUCGAGGCGAAGGACUUCAUUCUCUUCGACUGCGACGGGGUCAUAUGGCACGGGGAGACGGCGAUAACGGGCGCGGCGAAGGUGGUGAGCUCGCUGAUACGGCACGGGAAAAACGUCGUGUUCGUCACCAACAACUGCACCAGGCCCCGGGAGAAUUACGUGCACAAGUUCUACCGGCUGGGCUUCACCGACGUGAUGCUGGAGCAGAUCUUCAGCUCGUCGUACUGCUCGGCUCUCUACCUGCGGGACGUCGUUAAGGUCCGCGGGCAGGUGUUUGUCAUGGGCUGCGACGGAAUGCGCAGAGAGCUGGAGGAGGCGGGCAUCCCCUGCGUGGAGGAGGCGGACGAACCGGGCGCCACCAUCUACGACUGCGCCCUGGCUCCGGACGUCAAGGCGGUGCUGGUGGGACACGACGACAAACUGACUUUUCUCAAACUGGCCAAAGCCUCGUGCUACCUGCGGGACCCUGACUGUCUGUUCCUGGCCACCGACAACGACCCCUGGCACCCUUUGUCGGGUGGAAGGAUACUGCCAGGUUCUGGGUCCCUCACUGCAGCCCUGGAGGUGUCCUCGGGCCGCAAGGCCACCGUGAUCGGCAAGCCCAGCCGCUUCAUGUUCGAGUGCAUCUCCAGCCAGUUCCGGGGGGUGGACCCCGCCCAGUGCCUGAUGAUCGGGGACCGGCUGGAGGUGGACAUGCUGUUCGGGUCCAACUGCGGCUUCGACACCAUGCUCACCCUCACCGGCGUGUCUCAGCUCGAGGAGGCCCAGGAGUACAAGGACAGCGAGCUGACCGACAAACACCGCUUGGUGCCCGACUACGUGGUGGACUCCAUCGCCGACUUCCUGUCGGCUUAUGAGGAACAGGAGGAACAGAGCAAUUGACGGGAGUCCCAUCGCCUGGCAUCCAUUGCUUCUACUGCAUUUCCAACAUACCUAUCCACAAUGAUCAAUAACCAGAAACAUUCCUCACCAACAAGGGCGCUGUUUAUGACCAAGACACGCAUAGGACAGAAUAUUCUCCCCCCCCCCAAAAAUAAUCAAGAGUAAUCCAGUGCAUACCUCAGUGUUUCUUCUCGUGUUGUGCCCAUUUGUGACUUGGCAGUUGCUGUAGGUGUUAAUAUUAAUCUAUGAAUAUACUGCACUUUCUUCUCCAUAGAGUUCACCGGUCGUGUUUGAUGAUGGCUUUUGAGCAUCCAGAGGUAUUUUUGUAAAGCCAUGAAUUGUUCUAUAACGGCAUUCAUAUGUUUUUUUUUUUUUUUUUGCCAAAAGGCAGACAUGUACUUACUGAGGCAGAAUUGUGUUUCUCAUGUGUGUUUAAUUCAUGGCGAGAGAUAAUAAAACUGUGAGAGACUUGAAAUGAUAAUCUGCCAGUCAGACAGGUGACGUGUACGCUCGCCUCUCCGUCACGCCUGUGCCGCUUGUGUCAGUAUUCAUCGGAGUGCUAAACGGCUUACCGGAUCUCAGUUAGAAAAGAAAAACCCCACAGGUCAUACUGCACUGUUGUGAAAUGUCGAUGUUGUUAAUGUUUGCCAUAUAGAGCAUGCCAGCGACGGUAACGGCAAUAAAACCCCUGAAAAUGAA